AUGAACAAAUCUCCAGAAGAUUACAAGAACUUACGUGCUGGGAAGAUUAUCGCGGGUAGAUGGAGAAUUUUGGACAAGCUCGGGGAAGGUGGUAUGGGAGCCGUCUACAGAGUGGAGGAUAAAAAUCGCAAAAAUUUUCAAGCAGCUUUGAAGGUUGAGGAUGAUCUCUAUGAAGGAGGCGUUCUGAAACUGGAAGUGUUUAUACUUACGCAACUACAGAAAAUGAAAGACACCGUCAGGUUAUAUGAUUCAGGGAAACGGAAUAAAUAUAACUUCAUGGUAAUGAGUUUGUGCGGAAAAGAUCUGAUGACUUUAAAGCAUGAAGCUGGCAAACCCUUCUCAGAAGGCACCACGUUACGAUUAGCCAUAAGCACACUUUAUGCUAUCAAGCAGGUACACGAAAUCGGAUAUGUUCAUCGUGAUGUCAAGCCAGGGAACUGCAUGAUAGGGAAAUAUGGACGGGAUACGAGAAUGAUUUAUCUGGUGGAUUUCGGUAUGGCACGUUCCUUUGUCGCUAAAGAUGGAUCUGGUAAACUUGCUAUACGAAAGCCACGAGAAGGUAGUCAGCUUUUCCGAGGAACUCCACGAUACUGUAGCCUCAAUACACACUACAGAAAAGAACAGGGUCGUGUUGACGACUUAUGGGCAUGGCUACAUAUGCUUAUUGAGCUUCAAAUUGGGCUACCAUGGAAUCGCAUAUCAGACGAGAAAAAAAUCCUUGAAAUGAAAGAAAAAACCACACCACAACAAUUAAUAAGAAGCUGCCCAGAAGAAUUUUAUAAAAUCCGCGAAUAUUUAGAAACGUUGAAAUACGAAGAUCGGCCAGAUUAUCAUGGACUUUUUAGUGAGGUUUGUAGUAAAAGAAGACCUCGAAAAAGAAUUUGGCGGAUUCGAUAG